UUAUAAAGAACGUUCACUCCCUUAGUAAUAUUAUUAUAAAGAACGUUCACUCCCUUAGUAAUAUUAUUAUAAAGAACGUUCACUCCCUUAGUAAUAUUAUUAUAAAUAACAUUCACUCCCUUAGUAAUAUUAUUAUAAAUAACAUUCACUCCCUUAGUAAUAUUAUUAUAAAUAACAUUCACUCCCUUAGUAAUAUUAUUAUAAAGAACGUUCACUCCCUUAGUAAUAUUAUUAUAAAGAACGUUCACUCCCUUAGUAAUAUUAUUAUAAAGAACGUUCACUCCCAUAGUAAUAUUAUUAUAAAUAACAUUCACUCCGUAAUAUUAUUAUAAAUAACAUUCACUCCCUUAGUAAUAUUAUUAUAAAGAACGUUCACUCCCUUAGUAAUAUUAUUAUAAAUAACAUUCACUCCGUAAUAUUAUUAUAAAUAACGUUCACUCCCUUAGUAGUAUUAUUAUAAAUAACGUUCACUCCCUUAGUAAUAUUAUUAUAAAUAACGUUCACUCCCUUAGUAAUAUUAUUAUAAAUAACAUUCACUCCGUAAUAUUAUUAUAAAUAACGUUCACUCCCUUAGUAAUAUUAUUAUAAAUAACAUUCACUCCGUAAUAUUAUUAUAAAUAACGUUCACUCCCUCAGUAAUAUUAUUAUAAAUAGCGUUCACUCCCUUAGUAAUAUUAUUAUAAAUAACGUUCACUCCCUUAGUAAUAUUAUUAUAAAGAACGUUCACUCCCUUAGUAAUAUUAUUAUAAAUAACGUUCACUCCCUUAGUAAUAUUAUUAUAAAGAACAUUCUCUCCCUUAGUAAUAUUAUUAUAAAUAACAUUCACUCCCUUAGUAAUAUUAUUAUAAAGAACGUUCACUCCCUUAGUAAUAUUAUUAUAAAGAACGUUCACUCCCUUAGUAAUAUUAUUAUAAAGAACGUUCACUCCCAUAGUAAUAUUAUUAUAAAUAACGUUCACUCCCAUAGUAAUAUUAUUAUAAAUAACGUUCACUCCGUAAUAUUAUUAUAAAGAACGUUCACUCCCUUAGUAAUAUUAUUAUAAAUAACAUUCACUCCCUUAGUAAUAUUAUUAUAAAUAACAUUCACUCCCUUAGUAAUAUAUUAUAAAUAACAUUCACUCCCUUAGUAAUAUUAUUUAUAAAGAACGUUCACUCCCUUAGUAAUAUUAUUAUAAAGAACGUUCACUCCCUUAGUAAUAUUAUUUAUAAAGAACGUUCACUCCCUUAGUAAUAUUAUUAUAAAUAACGUUCACGUCCCUUAGUAAUAUUAUUAUAAAUAACAUUCACUCCGUAAUAUUAUUAUAAAUAACGUUCACUCCCUUAGUAAUAUAUUAUAAAUAACAUUCCUCCGUAAUAUUAUUAUAAAUAACGUUCACUCCCAAUCCAGUAAUAUUAUUAUAAAUAGCGUUCACUCCCUUAGUAAUAUUAUUAUGAAUAACAUUCACUCCCUUAGUAAUAUGUAUUAUAAAGAACGUUCACUCCCUAGUAAUAUUAUUAAAAUAAACGUUCACCUCCCUUAGUAAUAUUUUAAAGAACAUUCCUCCCUUGUAUAUUUUAUAAAUAACACUUCACUCCCAGUAUAUUAUUAAGAACGUCACUCCCUUAGUAAUAUUAUAUAAGAACGUUCACUCCCAUAGUAAUAUUAUAUAAUAACAUUCACUCCGUAAUCUUAUUAUAAAUAUUCACUCCUUAGUAAAUUACUAAAGAACUUCAACCCUAGUAAUAUUAUUAUAAAUAACAUUCACUCCCUUAGUAAUAUUAUUAUAAAUAACAUUCACUCCCUUAGUAAUAUUAUUAUAAAUAACAUUCACUCCCUUAGUAAUAUUAUUAUAAAUAACAUUCACUCCCAUAGUAAUAUCAUUAUAAAUAACAUUCACUCCGUAAUAUUAUUAUAAAGAACGUUCACUCCCUUAGUAAUAUUAUUAUAAAGAACGUUCACUCCCUUAGUAAUAUUAUUAUAAAUAACAUUCACUCCCUUAGUAAUAUUAUUAUAAAUACAUUCACUCCCUUAGUAAUAUUAUUAUAAAUAACAUUCACUCCCUUAGUAAUUAUUAUAAAGAACGUUCACUCCCUUAGUAAUAUUAUUAUAAAGAACGUUCACUCCCGUAGUAAUAUUAUUAUAAAGAACGUUCACUCCCUUAGUAAUAUUAUUAUAAAGAACGUUCACUCCCAUAGUAAUAUUAUUAUAAAUAACAUUCACUCCGUAAUAUUAUUAUAAAUAACAUUCACUCCGUAAUAUUAUUAUAAAUAACAUUCACUCCCUUAGUAAUAUUAUUAUAAAGAACGUUCACUCCCUUAGUAAUAUUAUUAUAAAUAACAUUCACUCCGUAAUAUUAUUAUAAAUAACGUUCACUCCCUUAGUAAUAUUAUUAUAAAUAACAUUCACUCCGUAAUAUUAUUAUAAAUAACGUUCACUCCCUCAGUAAUAUUAUUAUAAAGAACGUUCACUCCCUUAGUAAUAUUAUUAUAAAUAACGUUCACUCCCUUAGUAAUAUUAUUAUAAAGAACGUUCACUCCCUUAGUAAUAUUAUUAUAAAUAACGUUCACUCCCUUAGUAAUAUUAUUAUAAAUAACAUUCACUCCCUUAGUAAUAUUAUUAUAAAUAACAUUCACUCCGUAAUAUUAUUAUAAAUAACGUUCACUCCCUUAGUAAUAUUAUUAUAAAUAACAUUCACUCCCUUAGUAAUAUUAUUAUAAAUAACGUUCACUCAGUAAUAAUAUUAUAAAUAACAUUAUCUCCCUUAGUAAUAUUAUUAUAAAUAACAUUCACUCCCUUAGUAAUAUUAUUAUAAAGAACGUUCACUCCCUUAGUAAUAUUAUUAUAAAUAACGUUCACUCCGUAAUAUUAUUAUAAAUAACAUUCACUCCCUUAGUAAUAUUAUUAUAAAUAAUGUUCACUCCCUUAGUAAUAUUAUUAUAAAUAACGUUCACUCCCUUAGUAAUAUUAUUAUAAAUAACAUUCUCUCCCUUAGUAAUAUUAUUAUAAAUAACGUUCACUCCCUUAGUAAUAUUAUUAUAAAGAACGUUCACUCCCUUAGUAAUAUUAUUAUAAAUAACAUUCACUCCCUUAGUAAUAUUAUUAUAAAUAACGUUCACUCCGUAAUAUUAUUAUAAAUAACGUUCACUCCCUUAGUAAUAUUAUUAUAAAGAACGUUCACACCCUUAGUAAUAUUAUUAUAAAUAACAUUCACUCCCUUAGUAAUAUUAUUAUAAAUAACAUUCUCUCCCUUAGUAAUAUUAUUAUAAAUAGCGUUCACUCCCUUAGUAAUAUUAUUAUAAAUAACAUUCACUCCCUUAGUAAUAUUAUUAUAAAUAACAUUCACUCCCUUAGUAAUAUUAUUAUAAAUAACAUUCACUCCCUUAGUAAUAUUAUUAUAAAUAACGUUCACUCCCUUAGUAAUAUUAUUAUAAAUAACGUUCACUCCGUAAUAUUAUUAUAAAUAACCUUCACUCCGUAAUAUUAUUAUAAAUAACAUUCACUCCCUUAGUAAUAUUAUUAUAAAUAACAUUCACUCCCUUAGUAAUAUUAUUAUAAAUAAUGUUCACUCCCUCAGUAAUAUUAUUAUAAAGAACGUUCACUCCCUCAGUAAUAUUAUUAUAAAGAACGUUCACACCCUUAGUAAUAUUAUUAUAAAUAACAUUCACUCCCUUAGUAAUAUUAUUAUAAACUAGUCCUUAAUAAUUUUCCCCUGGUGAACUAGUCCUUAAUAAUAUUCCCCUAGUGAACUAGUCCUUAGUUAGUAAUAUACCCCUAGUGAACUAGUCCUUAGUUAGUAAUAUUCCCCUGGUGAACUAGUCCUUAGUUAGUAAUAUUCCCCUGGUGAACUAGUCCUUAGUUAGUAAUAUACCCCUGGUGAACUAGUCCUUAGUAAUAUACCCCUGGUCAACUAGUCCUUAGUAAUAUUCCCCUGGUGAACUAGUCCUUAGUUAGUAAUAUUCCCCUGAUGAACUAGUCCUUAGUAAUAUACCCCUGGUCAACUAGUCCUUAGUAAUAUACCCCUGGUGAACUAGUCCUUAGUUAGUAAUAUACCCCUGGUGAACUAGUCCUUAGUUAGUAAUAUACCCCUGGUCAAUUAGUCCUUAGUUAGUAAUAUUCCCCUGAUUAACUAGUCCUUAGUUAGUAAUAUACCCCUGGUGAACUAGUCCUUAGUUAGUAAUAUACCCCUGGUCAACUAGUCCUUAGUUAGUAAUAUACCCCUGGUCAACUAGUCCUUAGUUAGUAAUAUACCCCUGGUCAACUAGUCCUUAGUUAGUAAUAUUCCCCUGGUGAACUAGUCCUUAGUUAGUAAUAUACCCCUGAUGAACUAGUCCUUAGUUAGUAAUAUAUCUCUGGUGAACUAGUCCUUAGUUAGUAAUAUUCCCCUGGUGAACUAGUCCUUAGUUAGUAAUAUACCCCUGAUGAACUAGUCCUUAGUUAGUAAUAUACCCCUGGUCAACUAGUCCUUAGUAAUAUACCCCUGGUCAACUAGUCCUUAGUUAGUAAUAUACCCCUGGUCAACUAGUCCUUAGCUAGUAAUAUACUCCUGAGUGGCGCAGUGGUCUAAGGCACUGCAUCGCAGUGCUAACUGUGCCACUAGAGAUCCUGGUUUGAAUCCAGGCUCUGUCGCAGCCGGCCGCGACCGGGAGACUCAUGGGCGGCGCACAAUUGGCCCAGCGUCGUCCAGGGUAGGGGAGGGAAUGGCCGGCAGGGAUGUAGCUCAGUUGAUAGAGCAUGGCGUUUGUAACGCCAGGGUUGUGGGUUCGAUUCCCACGGGGGGCCAGUAUAAAAACAAAUAUGUAUUUACUAACUGUAAGUCGCUCUGGAUAAGAGCGUCUGCUAAAUGACUUAAAAUGUAAAAAAAAAAAAGUAAUAUACCCCUGGUCAACUAGUCCUUAGUUAGUAAUAUACCCCUGGUCAACUAGUCCUUAGUUAGUAAUAUACCCCUGGUCAACUAGUCCUUAGUAAUAUUAUUAUAAAUAACAUUCACUCCCUUAGUGAACAAAAAACGAAUUAUUAUAUUUCUUUUGAAGUGCAGCAAUUUAUUUACUUGUCUGUGUGUGUGUGUGUGUGUGUGUGUGGUGUGUGUGUGUCUGUGCGCGUGCCUGUGUGUGUGUGUGUGUGUGUGUGUGUGUGUGUGUCUGUGUGUGUGUGUGUGUGUGUGUGUGUGUGUGGUGUUUCAGACGGAGGGUCUUUGUUCCAGUGACAGCGUUAUCAUUCAGACGGUCACCUCUGACCACACCUCUCCAGAGCCUCUUUGCCAAUCACAGCUGGUUGUGGAGAUGCAGGGGGAGGAGCCAGAGCAGAACUUUCUGAUUGGUUCCUCAGAAGGCGGAGCCACCGAGACUCAGGAGCCAAUGACCGACAGCUUCACUGCCAAGGUCCUGGACUCUCCCUCUCACGAGGAGCAGGUGGUGGAUUCUGGGAUAGCGAAGGGGGCGGUGCUUAUCGUUUCUCCGACAAAUGUCAGCAGCACACUGA